UCGUAAGCAAGAUGUCAUUGAGACCCUGAGCUCAUGUUUUUAAAUGGUUCAUCCUCGUUGUCCCGGCUAGCACACUAACGUGAGGCCACGGUUUGCUUGCUAGUAAGAUAUAUGUCAAACAUUCACGUACACUAACCUGCAUGUUAGCUGGCUGAUCCAUUGCUACAAGCUAACGAGCUGCUAUUACCUGCUAUUGGUAGCAAUGUUGUUUCCUUAUGAAUAAGCACAUCCUACUAGCAAAUGGAGAGUAAAAUAUCUAUCAACAGUUCCCAUGUUAAUUCGUGUUUAGCCACUUAUCUUUGUCAGGUUCAUAAAGAUGGUGAUAAGAUGCACGCAGGAUUUUAGAUUCAUCGACUGUCACGACUGUCAUUUCACCGUAACCUUGUAAGAGGUUGAUACCUUGGACCUUGUGUUGUGUUACUGCAUGUUCUGCUCUGGAACUGACAAGCACACAGAGAGCUCCAGUGGCUAGACACAUGCAGUACAUCUCUUUAUGUUUCUUACAAUUAAAUGUCUCAUUGAAACUGACCGAUUGUUUAACCCUUAGAUGCAUAAGUGGGUCAAAAAUGACCCGGUGAGGUUGUUUUCUUGAAAUAUCUUCGUAAUGACAAUUUGUUAUCAUUUCAUAUUCCAGGUAUUCCUCAAAAAACAUGUUUUUGAUGUAAUGCCAUUUACAUUUUUAACUUACCUUUUAUACAUUUUAAGAAAUUGUAGUUUUUGUAUAACUACCCCAAGCUUCCAUAAGUGGGUCAAAAAUGACCCGCAUGCAUUUUCUAUGGAAUCCAAUGGGAACCACUGAUUCUUAUCAACUCUGGCUGUCAGGAAUAAAUUAACUGUGGACCACACAGACUAUAUCAGAAGUGUCACCCCUCAAGAAGAUUAUUUUACACAGCAAGAGCUGAUAUGUGUGUCAUGGCUGCUAGAUACACAGCUGAAAUGGUCCGACAGAUGCUGGAUGAUGGAGAGGCAGUAAUGCUGUUGGACUCCGAGUCUGACAUUUCUGAUGAUGAGGACCAAGACUAUUGUCCAGGUGGCAGUGGCAGUCGUCCACCUGGAAAUCCAACUGAACAGGAUAAAUCUGACCCAGAAGAGUCCUCUUCUGUGUCCUCUGAAGAAGAAAGUGUCCAAAUCAUGUCCAACAGAAUGAGUUGGAAGGGCUGUUACUGGAGCGAGUUACCUCCCACCCAGGGCAGAACUCAGAGCCACAAUAUCCUCAGAAGUCGGUCAGGGCCUGCACAAGGGCUUAGCACCACUGUCUCACCAAAAGAUGCAUGGGAGCUCUUUAUCAGUGAUGAUAUAAUACAAGAGGUGAUGAAGUGCACAAACUUGGAAGGACGGAGAGUAGCAACAGGAAGUGAGAAGAACUGGGAUGUAUCAGUCCGUGAGCUGUUUUGGAGUCCUCUACAUAAUCCCAUGUACAAGGCCACUAUGUCUGUUGGAAGAUUUGAAGACAUUCGCCGUACCUUGCGCUUUGAUGAUAAGAGGACCAGAGCCUUCCGACUGGAAACAGACCAUAUGGCAGCCUUCCGCUAUGUAUGGGACCUGUUCCUGGUCAACUGCAGACAUUGAUUCAUCCCCAGUGAUUGUGUCACUGUGGACGAACAGCUUGUGCCAUUCAGGGGUAGGUGCAAGUUUCUACAGUACAUGCUCUUCCUCAAAGAGCUGUCAAAGGAGCUUGUCACACCACACAUGAUGAGUGGACUAGAAGGCUGGCCCCAACUGCAAACCACGAUUAUUGAAGCAAUGGAAAGGUGUGGGGUGACAAAAGCCACAACCCAGCCACAGGAAAGAAGCAGACAGGGCACUGCAUGUCUGAACUGCAUACAGUGAUGAGACAAGAAGGCAAAACAGGGAAAAGAGAGAGGAACUUUCAAUGACUGGACAGUAACACACACACACACACACACACGCAGACGCACACGCAGACGCACAUGCACACACACACACACACACAAUGGAUGUUCACAUUUUUCUAUUGCUGUUCUGGGUAAUUUUCUUUUUCGAAAAUGUUAAAAAGUGAAAAAUAAAGAUAUGUCAAACAUGAAA